AAACAAGGGAUGAAUUUGCUUGAAGCUCGUGGUUGGCGUGUGUGUGGCACGGGCAAAGACCGCAUCGGAAGCGUCAACGUAACGUGGUGGUAGAGUGCCGGGAUGACCUGAAAAUCAACUGCUGACAUACACACCAUCUCUUCCUUCCCAUCCCCAUCUUUUCUUACUCACUUUUGCAGUUGCUUGCCACACGCCUGACCCCAAUUCCCCUCGUUCCUUCUUCUUCCUUUCCUCUUUCACUUCCUCCUUCCCUCCCUCCCUUCUUCUUCAUUACCGUCUUCUCCAAUCAAAUCCCUAAUUUCAGAAAAUCACUCCUCUGCUUUUUGGGUACACCCUUCUGUGCCCUGCUGCCUCUGUUGUAAUUAGAAGGUUAGUUGAGUUUUUAUAGAUUAUACAUGUCCUUGAAGCUUCUGUUUUUCCCUGUUGAAAAUGUAUGAUGGGUUGUGCUCUUUUUUUGUAUGAUGAAUGAUGGGUUUUGUUUUUUUUAUGUCAGUUUGCUUCAAAACUAAUUGUUGGUUUGUCUAAUUUUCCAGAAGAAUUGGAUUUUUUUUUGUUUGGGUUUCAAUUUGAUGUUUUGUCAAUCAGUAUGUUCAAUUGGAUUGAGUUUAAAAGAAAACUUCUUUUGCAUUAAUGAUCAAGGAAAGUAAAUGCUUUUGAUUUCAACUUCAUUGGGGGCAAAAGAAUGGUUUUAGUUUUUGAAGGGGAUCUUUAUUUGAUUUAUUACUUGCUGAUCGAUAUGGCUUCCUAUUUUGUCUGAGUUUGGUUUAUCUACGGUUUUGCUUUGAUUUUUUGACCGUGCCGAUUAGGCUUAUGGAACCAGAUGAUACAAUUCUUGGUUGCAAGUUUGCUGGUAAGUCUGAACUUUUCUGUUUCUCUUGUGCCAUAUUGACAGGGAUUCUUGCUGAAGCUUUUCGAGUUGUGGGAAAUGAGUACAACUUCAGAGGAAAAUUCUGGAUCAAUGUCUGGAAAUGUCAGCAAAGGGGUCAAGAUACCAGUAAAGGGGUGAGUCCUUUGAGAUCCCCUGUUAACUUAACCGUGGUUUCCUAUUGGUUUUGAACUCAGAAUAGUAAAGAGAGAAAGAAAAACGUUUUUAAAAAAAAGUAAAAAGGAAGGAUUCUUGUAAUUCAACCAGCCAAUUACAUGUUCUCAAUAAGUAAAGUGCAUCAGCUGCUCCGCGUUUAUUACUGAGUAGUAGCUUUUGUCGCUUUUGCUGUGAUUAUGAGUUUGCAAAUUCAUUGAGGACUUGCAGUAUAAAAUUUUACUUAAUGAAAUUAUUUCGGAUGUUUUAUCGUAUCUUGGCAAGUAGAACAUUUAGUUUGACUGAUAUGUGUCCACUACUGUUAAGGUUCUGCUACAACUUUUGCGCUGCCUUUGUAACCCGCUCUCUGCCAUGAGUUUUGAGACCUUGGCUUGUAAUGAAUAUUCGACUUGGGACGUAUAAGCCUAAAAACUCUUGGAAGUUUAAUACAUGCCAUUGGCAACAGUGUCUGUAAUGAGAGAGGUUGAUUUUCUGCUUUCAUUGCUUUGUUUGUUUCUUGAUUAUCUUAUUUACUUUUAGUUUAUUAUGACUUGGAAUUAAUAAGUCUGAUGAACACUAAUAAGUACUAGUUGCUUCGAUGGUAGGCCGACAUUUGGUUGUUUCUUCAAGUAUCUGCUGAUGUUUAUUUUAACACAGGCCACUAAAGCCUAUUUUUUAUUAUAUUUCUGAUUUUUUUUUCUAUAUUUGUUAUUGAUGUUUAGCCUCUACGCUGGGGUUGUCAUUUUUCUUUUUCAAAUAAAAUAUUUUGUUUGACAUCUGAACUUUAGGGUAGUUGUUUCUAAAUGUCAAUGAUGGGCAUAUGAUGUUUGUUGGAUAGGGAUUUUCCCCACAAAAUAACAAGUUACAUGAGUGGAGCUUAUUUAGCUGCUGCCUUUAGCAUGCUUGAUGCUGUAUCUUUAUUUCCUAGACCUGCCACCGCCGCUUUGUUGUUUUUCAACACUAAAUCGAGUUUGCUUCAGGUCCCAACCUAGCCGGAAGAGUCAUGGGAAGGUUCCAAAAAGAGCUCAUAAGGCUGAGAGGGAGAAAAUGAAGCGAGAGCACCUAAAUGAUCUCUUUCUCUCAUUGGCUAGUGUUCUUGGUAAUUUCUUGGUUUCCAAAGUCUUUGCAUGGGGUAGUUAUCCUUUGUUGUUCUUUAAAUAGGAACCACAAAACUAGUUUUGCAUCUUUUGUUCCAAGAUGAUAAUAAGUUAUGAAUUUGAUUUCCCAGAACUUUCUGACGAGACCAAUGGAAAGGCUUCAAUAUUGAAUGAAGCUUCCAGAAUUAUGAAGGACAUGCUUGCUCAGGUGGAAUCUCUAAGAAAGGAAAAUGAAGCUUUGUUAUCGGAGUCUCAAUAUGUAGACGUGGAGAAAAAGGAGCUGCAGGAUGACACUGCUUCUUUGGCGUCUCAAAUUGCAGAGCUGCAAAAGGAGCUAAAAGACAGAGCAAGUGAAGCUGUGCUUGACUUGAACACGGCUCCUCCGGAAUGUCAACGUCAUGGCUUGACUCCCCACCCUUAUCCCGCCAUAGAACUGGCUAUGCAGCAAGCAGAUAACCUUAAAUCUGUCUAUGUCUUCCCAAUGUGUACUGAUCCAACUAUCUUCCCAACAUCGGGAAAUUUAGAGAUGAUGCCGAGACCUUUGACAACUGUGAGCAAACCGCAACCAAGGUACCCAACUCCUGCUGAUAAAUGGCCAUCCCAACUCCUUGAAAACCAUCACCAAUAUUUGGGCUGAGAAUGUGAUCGUUGUGUUAGCCGCACUAGUUGUUUUGCAGGCAUCAUGGCGAUGUAAUUCAAAUAGGUUCUGCGCUAGUUCUCUUUACCAAGGGCUAUGUAAAAAUAUCAGAGCCUCUUUGGCUUGAGCUGAAUUCUCUUGCAUUGGAGGAAUAGAUCAUUGAAUUCUAGUUCUUGUAAUUAGUGAUGGAAAAUUUCUAAAUUAGGUUCCAGAGGGGUUUCUAACAUUAGUUUAGGACUCUCUUUAAUUCAUGUUUAUAUAAUAUUAUGAUGAUAGGAUCUCAAUGUUAAUUUAUAAUCCAAGUGCCUUUUUGAAAUAAAAAAAUCUAACACUAAUGUUCCGUUUCAA